AUGGUAAUUCCAUGGAAAGUCUAUCUAAAGCUUUUCAAUGGCCCUGUAGCCACAAACGGCUUAUAUGAAUCGCUGCCAGCACUCUGCUUGAAGAAUGCUAGAGUAGGUUACAAUGAAAGUCCGAUCGCUGUCGUUUUGUUCGUGAUUCCCAGGUUUUACAUAGAGCACUCUCGUGCUGUGCUAUUUGUAGGUAGUUUAGAUAUGGCUGGCUUUAGUUAUGACACACAUGAAGAUGAUUCCUGUGAAGACGAUUUUUUAUUGUGCUGUGGACUUUUCUAUGUAACGGGCUUGCUAGCCGCCGUUGUCUUCAUAUGCGCUGCAGCAUUUUCAUUUUUGGGCAUAGCUACAAAUGCUAUCCAGCAGCAUCACAUCGACUCUCGUCCUCUGAGAGAUCUCUACUUGCAGUACGAUCUGGAUCCAGACGAUGAAAUCACACAAACGAUUGCUGCCUGGUCAGUCCUAGUUAUACUGCUAGUAAUACUCGCAAUAUCUGUAUUUUCCUGGUGGGUUAUCUACAACACAUACCGAAUCUAUGCAUCCAGAGAUCGAACAAAUCGUUCUGGCUACUGUCAAGGUCUGCCAACUACCGAACGCCUGUAA